AAGCCAUUCAUGUCAUUGUGCUUUACAGCCGAAGCGUUGAAGAGCUUCUGAAACGCAAAAAAGUCUAUCGAGAAAUAAUUUUUAAGUAUUUGGCAGCACAAGGAAUUGCAGUGCCUCCUUCCUGUGAGAAACAUGUACUCAUUGAUCGUGUAAAGCAGUACUGGAGCGUGCAGUUGUCAACACAUGCCUCAGCAUCAGGGGAGAGAAAAACACAAGCAGAGAGUCAUGGAGACAGCCAAAAGUCACUGCAAGAUGAUAUUCAUUAUCUAGGAGAAGAAUUCUGUCAGUGGUUCUUUGAACUCCUGAAUUCUCAACAUCCCUUGGGAGUAAAAUCUGAAGAAACGUGGGGACCACAGCAUUUUUGGGAUGAUGCCAAAAUGAAGUUCUCCUACAACACAUUAGAAAAAAACAUGGAAGAAUAUGUUGGUGCAGAAAUGGUGAGCCUUCGUCUGCUCUCCUUGGUUAAAGAAGAAUAUCUUCUGUUCAACCCUAACUUGCAUGCCAGCGGACUGAAAUGUGCCAUGUCUCCGCAUGGGUUGGUGCUGGUGGCAGUGGCUGGCACAGUACAUAGAGGCAACUCUUGUUUGGGUAUCUUUGAACAAAUUUUUGGACUCAUUAGCUGCCCUGUUAGGGAGAAUACCUGGAAAAUAAAAGUUAUGAGUCUUAAAAUAGUUGGACAGAAUGCUCUGGAGCCUGGGAUGCAAAUUGAAAAACCCACCAUAAAAUAUGAGUCGAACCAACUGCGAGAGCUGUAUGAUGGGAAAGAACUGAUGGUGUUUGAACCUCAGAAAUUCUGA